UUAAAUAAGCCUACUAUAACUUCAAAUAAGUAAACUACACACUUUUUUUAUUCUAAACAAGUUUUAAAUAUUAUGUUGUUAUAGAAAUAAGCACAAAUAUUAAAUUUUCAGUAAUAACACAGUAAAUAUGUAAUCAUGGCUGUACACAAGUUCCUAUUUGUUGUGUUAGUGAUCAUAAUACAUCGCAUUCCAAACCGGCCUGACCUCAGAGCACAGUCCUCAUGCACGGGGAAUUUGAUCAGAGAGGAUCUUGUGCUGACAGCAGCACAUUGCUUCUCGAACCCAGCCAACUAUAUUUUAGACUACGUAGAAAUCAGACUACUGUCAGGAGAAGUAUACAGGGUACUCAGCAUUCACAUCCAUCCCAACUACAGUAAAGUGGAAGGAUUUUAUAAUGACCUGGCCAUUAUCACAUGUACGACCACUGAACUAAAAACCAUUCUAGAAUUACCGAAUGAGAAUUACUCUACAAAUAAAUCCUGUAAAGCAGUCGGUUAUGGAGGUGAACAGUCUUUGAAUUCCUACAAAGUCAUUGAUAUAAAAAAGAAUUCACAAUUUUUGUUUAUGAAUGGAAUCAUUCACUUGCUUUUUAAACAAUAUACACCUUGCAAAGGUGACUCAGGAGGACCACUUCUAUGUGAGAACAAGAUUUACGGAAUUCUGUCCCAAGGGUCAGAAGAAUUAUGUCAUCAGAAGAAUGUAUAUAUAAUCUAUAUAAAUGUGUAUCAUCAUCUACAUUGGAUUCAGCCCUUCUUUGACUCACCCAUCAGAAGCAGAUCCAGUAGUAAUAUUUAUGAUAAAGUAAUCUUAAUGAUGAUUAUUACAUCUAUAAUUGCUUAUUUUGAUUAUUUUUGUUUUUUGUAA